UCGGUAGAUUCCCCAGACCUACGCACAGGGAGAGAGGGGGGCCUGCAACCUGCAGGGGACCCUCUCAUCUCAUCUCAUCUCCUCUAGUAUUAUUCUGCCAUGCCCUCCAAUCCCACGCCAACAUUUUGAGCCACGCGCUCUUCCAUCGAUCCGCCCGUGAAUCUUUGCGUCGUCGGCUUCAUGCGCGACGGGCGCCGGGCGCCGGCCUCCCUCUUCGCUUGCCCUCCUGCGAAUAAGAAUCGGCUUUGUUUUGUUUUGUUUGCGUCCCGAUCGAUUUAAAUAGGGGAGAUCGGGCGCAGGUGCUGGCGCGCACGCAGAUUUAAUUUGGUGGUAUUUUCUUGUUCCCUCGGAUUGUCCUUCUCGUUGUCGCCGCCGUCGUCGACGGCGAUACUAACAAGGAGAACGAGGAGGAGGAGGGCGGCAUCAUGAACGCGCACAAGGGGGCAGAAAAGGGAGCCGCCGGCGAGGUGAGGCGGAUCAACGUGGUGUACUUCCUGAGCCGCGGUGGCAGGACGGACCACCCGCACCUCUUCCGCGUCAACCACCUCAACCGCGCCGGCGUCCGCCUCCGCGAUGUUAAGAGGUGGCUCUCGGAGCUCCGCGGCAAGGACAUGCCGGACAAUUACUCGUGGUCUUACAAAAGGAAGUACAAGGCCGGGUACGUGUGGCAGGACCUGAAGGACGACGACCUCAUCACGCCCAUCUCCGACAACGAGUACGUGCUCAAGGGCUGCGACGUCCGUGGAACACCUCCUCCCUGCGUCCAAGCGCCAAGAAGGACUCCUUCGCAAGCCGAGAAGAAACGGGAGGAGGAGGAAGAGACGCCGCGCAAUCAGGAUCACCCCGUGGAAGUUGUUCUGACGCCAGACUCCGGCGAGAGCUCCCCGAAGCCGCCGCCGCCGGCCGACCAGGACUCGCCGGGAGGCUGCGAGUCGGCGCGCCGUGGUACGGCGCCGUUCAAGGUCGAGGAGCCGCAGGGUCUCCGCGAGCAAAGGCAACAUCAGCAGCAGGAAGUGGUGAGCAAGAUCGAGGUGUCACGGUCACAGGAGCUCCGGGAGCUGAAGCAGCAGGAGGAGGAGGAAGCGGCGACCGAAAAGGCGGUGGCGCGGGCGGCGCCGCGUGAGGAGCAGCAGCAGCCGCAGGGAGCGGGCGGCGUUAGGAGCCACGCGCUGGGGUAUCAGCCAGCGAGGAGGAUGCGCGUGGCGCGCGCUCUGCACAACAUGCUGACGUGCGGCGCGGCCGACGCCGACGACGCCGCGCUCCGCCCCGUUGCGCGGCGGCAGCGGCGCAGCGCUGCGGAAGCCGCUGCCGGCGGCGGUGACGACUGGCCGCACACACCGACGUGCCCCGGCAUGGACGGCUGCGGCCUCCGCGUGAGCCGGAAGGCGAGGUCGCGGCGGGGCGGGAAAGACAAGCAGGGCAAGCGCGACGGGCGCGAGCGCGACGCGCACAAGCCGGCCCCCCUGCCGCGUUGCUCGCAAUGCGGGAAGGAGUUCAAGCCGCAGGAGCUGCACGCGCACAUGCAGUCGUGCCGGGGGUUCAAGGAGCGGAUGCGGAGCAGCACCAGCUCCCGGCCCAGCGUGGACAGGAGGCGCAACUCCACCGCCGGCGGCCACAGGGGCAAGCCCGACGACCACUGCUCCUCGGAGCGGCCGUCCUCCGCCUCCGCCGUGUUCCUGCUCACGGAAUCCUGACGCGGUCGAACUGGCUGAUGAGAUCGAUUGCUGAUCUGAAAAAAAAAAUGGAGAGAUGCUAACGACGUUGUGGUGGAACGGGAUGUACAUCGUGCGUGUGUGGGCCGAAGCGGCGCGGCGUUGGCAACUUGGGAUUGUUUGUCUAGUCGAUCAUAUCUGGCAGUGAAAUGUAGACGUUCUUUUGAUCUGGGGAAUUUGCUUGCUUCACCUGUGAAUAACAGAGUCUGCCUGUCUGUGUAUUUGAUUCA